UUUAAGACGUACAGUGGACAGACUGGGUUGAGGAAGUGAAGACUUGACUUUCAUUUCCCUCGCGUAACUUAUUUAUAUCUGCACAUUGUACAUCAGAAAGGGGAACUAACAGCUGCAGAAACCAAAAGUGACCCAGGGACAGAGGUUGUCUGUUGUGUUUCUGUCACUCAGGUGGACAAAGCUAUCAUUCCGCUGCCCGCGAAGAGCCCAGCGCGAGGAACAUGAUGGAGGCAUCUGAUGACGAGUUGGUCGGGGGUGCUGAUGAGCUUGUAGAACCUCCCAAUGGUGUCAUAAACGAACUGCUGAAUGUGGGGCAGGAAGACAACAUGCAGGGCGAGGUGGAGGAGUUUCUGGGCCCGCAGGCAGAGUACAACGAGGAGGAGGAGGAGAGGAAAUACUACAGGAGGAAGAGGCUGGGAGUCAUCAAGAAUGUUCUUGCAGCCAGUGUGGGAGCCAUGAUUGUGUAUAGUGUGUACAUGGGCCUACUGCAGAUGCAGCUGAUCCUCCAUUAUGAUAUGACCUACCGCGAGGUGAAGUACAGCAACCUCGGCCUGGAGGACAUCGAUCGCAAGAUGCUGAUGGGCAUUAACGUCACACCCAUUAUAGGCCUGCUGUACACCCCCGUUCUUAUCAGGUUUUUAGGUACUAAGUGGAUGAUGUUCCUGGCUUCGGGAAUCUAUGCACUCUUUGUCUCAACCAAUUACUGGGAACGGUACUACACCUUGGUUCCAUCAGCCGUAGCCAUCGGCGUGGCCAUUGUGCCUUUCUGGGCCUCCUUGGGAAAUUACAUCACAAGGAUGGCGCAGCAGUAUUAUGAGUACGUCAACUACAAGGAAGAGCAUGUGCAGGAGCAGAAGAAGCUCCCUAAGGGAGCGUGCCACAGAUACAUCAUCAUCUUCCAGUCAGUCUUCAACAUCAUCUUCCAUCUGAGCUUUGUCUUUGCGCAGUUCCCCAUGCGCUUCGUCCUCAACCACUACCUGAAUGACAACCAGCACAUUCUCUUCAACGUCAACAGCUGCGGAGCAAACAUCAGUGGAGUGAUCCCCGGCUUCAACACCACCGUGCUUACAAACCUGCCGCGCUCCAUGCUGCUCAUCCAGGUGGAGAGUGUCCUUAUGGGCUUCGCCUUCCUCGCCAUGAUCAUCUUCCUUCUGCUGUGUGGUGCUGCCUACCGGCCGACAGAAGAGAUCGACCUCCGCAGUAUCGGCUGGGGAAACAUCUUCCAGCUUCCCUUCAAACACCUGAGAGACUACCGCCUGCGACUGCUCUGCCCCUUCUUCAUCUACAGCGGAUUUGAAGUGCUGUUUGCCGUCAGCGGAUUCUCCCUGUCCUAUGGCGUCUGCAUUUUGGGCCUGGAUAAACUGUGGCUCCUCAUACUGGUCUACGGCCUCUCCUGCUCCAUCUUUUCUUCCCUCUGCCUUGGCCUCCUGCGCCUCCCGCGCUGGGUGUGUCUGAUGGGGGGCGCUGCUGUGCAUGCCGUGCUGCUGGUGGCUCUCCUUUGCUUUUCACUGUGUCCACAUCCAGACAAAAGUACACAGUAUCUGGGCCCUCUGCUGGUGAUCAUAGCGCUGUGGGGACUCGGCACCGCCCUGAACAAGACGGGCGUUAGCAUUCUGCUCGGUAUGCUGUACGCUGAGGAAAAAGAACGUCUGGACUUUGUGUAUACCAUCUAUCACUGGUGGCAGGCCAUCGCCAUCUUCAUAGUCUACCUCUGGUCCAACCUGCCUAUGAGGGCCAAACUCUCCAUCCUGUUGGCCACUUUAUUGCUGGCCUGCUAUUGUUAUUGGGUGAUGGAGCGUCGGCUGGCCAGCAAAGUGCCUUUCAGACUGCCUCGCAUCCCUCGGCCACGGCACAAGGUCAAAGGCUACCGCUACCUGGAAGAGGACAACUCCGAUGAGUCAGACUCCGAGAAUGAGGAGGAUGACGACGAAGAGGACGGAGAGCAGGUGGCGGAGGAGAUGGGAGCCGAGGGCGGGGAGGAGGGAGGCCAUGACGCAGAGGUCCAGGGAGCUGACUCACCCGGAGCCAGGAGGAGAGGGGCCGAAGGUUAGCGCCGCAGACAGGACCGCGCUCAUGUGAUGGAGGGAUGAGGGAAGAGCGUGCGAGAGGAGGAAAAAGAAGGAGGGGUGAGGGAAGAGGAAAAAAAAAGGAGGGAUGAGGGGAGAUUCUGGACAGAGGGAAGAGAAAUGGACUCAUUUCACAUUUCACAGCUCAUGACUUCAUUCAUUCUUCAUUCUGUUUUUGCAGUUUCUGAGUCACUAGUUUAGAAGUCCCCAGCCGUUAAGAGUAUUCAAGUGUUAACAUAUUUUAGUAGUCACUAAAGAGACUAAGACAACAGUUACAACAGUUAUUCAUAACUUUCUUACCUACUACACUAAACAAAAGCAUUUUCUUUCUGGCAUAAGCUUUAAUUAAAAAUAUCGAAUGACUUGUUGAGCUAUAAUUCAUUCACAACAGUGAUCCAGGAGAAAGGGCACAGGUACUGCGAAUACUACAUUGCUAUUUAACAAUAGGUAUGGAAAUCUUAAAAGGUAGCACACACUGGAUAAAACGUGAGUGAAUGACACAAUACAAGAAUAAUUUUGUUGCUUUUUGCUGGAUCUUCUGGCUCAUAUUUACCAAUGUGCCAAUAAUUAUAGAGGGGAAUAGCGGCUGCUUUUGUGCUUCAUUGAUCAAGUAGAAAACAUAUUUUGUAAGAUAGUUUCAUUUUUUAAAAAGAGCACUUAUCUGAGAAAGAAUGAACUGAAAGUGACAGAAAAGGGAAUGAGGAAUUGAUUUUCUGAGUUUAUCCUCAGGGUGAAGUGUGUGUGGAUGGAGUCAUUUUUAGAGAGCCUGGUCCUGCUGGAUGUAAACAGCAGCAGCAGCUAUAUUUGUUCUUCCGUCUUUGUUUCCUUUCAACCCAUUAAUUUAUGCACAUUUGUUAGAGAAAACAUCCGAACUCGAGCUAUUAUCAGAAGCUCAGAGGGAUGUCUGUUGCCUGAAGUAUUUUUUGGGAGGAGUUAAGCAUGCUUUUUGCAGAAGUCGAAAAUUAAUGUAUGUUUAUGCUUCAGUAUAGUUCAAUAUACAACAUGUACGGGGGCGGUCAGUCAUGAAUGGCCAAUGCCAGUAAGGUAUGCAUUUUUGUUAAAUAGUGGCCUCAGGGAUAUUAUAGUUACUAUAAUACUUAUAGUCUGAUACGUUCCAAAGAUACAUUCUAGGAUAGGAGAAAAAAAAAAAAAAACGCUCUUUGAACAUUUGCAUUUCUUUAAACUAUUUACGAUCGUCUUGGGUGACGGCGGCUCCGAAAAUGGUCUCGGGAAGGAACUUGUUUUGGUGGAACUUUUGCACCCCGCAAAAGAAAACGCCACAUACAAUAUUAAAUGAAGUUAACUGUUCACACAAUACAGUUACGUAAGCUACAUAAAAUAGCUGGAUUGUGUAUCACUGUGUGUGUACUUCGUCCACAGCAAUCCCACCAAUCGGUCCCAAACUGUUAGAGAGUCAAUGCCGUAAACAUAUUCUUUGUAAAUCCAUUUACCAUCCCCAAAAAGAACCAAGCAGGCCUGCCUUUUUGCACAAUUGAAAUGUUCUUCAAAAGUUGCCAUGUUCAGCGUGUAGCUCGCUAGCUCGAAGGUUGUUGAUCCAGACUGGUUUGAUCCAGCCUGCGUUAAGAGAAAAGUCAUUAACAGUUAUGUCAUGAGUGCAAGCUGUCAUGCUUUCAUACUGAUGGUCAAACGUUCGCACACUUAUAGGUUCUGUUCUCAGACGUUAGGGUUGGGGUUAUUUAUUUUGUUAGGGAAUUCCAUAUAAACCUGCCUGUGGGAGGAAGGAAUCCAUUCUGUAGUGGAUAUUUAACAUUGUAAUCUUUGUAAUAAAAAGCACUUCUGACUUUUCAAUGAACUGAUGCCAAAGCUGCUUGACGUUGCUGUGAAGUUUUAUGUGUCAUAUUACCGACUUAAACAGUGUGAAACUGUUGGUCACAGAAUACAUGUUGUACUCUCUUGAUCCCACCUGUACCUUUUUUUAACAAACAGAAAUUGUGUCGAAGUCAA